UCGAGCAUCGAGCCACCACAGCUGAGCCUCUGUGAACUUGGAGUGCUGCUGACCGGCCCCUCUCCUCCGUCCCUCCCUCCUGCUGCUCACAGAAACUCCUAGGCACAGCCAGCAGCGCCUCAGACGCGCACUGCCGCGCACACGCCUUUCCCAGUCGAAACCCAUGUACUCUGUGGUUCCAGCUGUGUUCUCACAGACGCCUUUGCUUUGGAUAGCCUACAAUGCUGGAUUAAACGCAUUCACUUUUGUUACUGGAUCAACGGAGUUCGUUUUCCGCCAGCGCAGGUAUAAUGACCGCGUCCUGCAGAGGGUCGAUUCGUUAAAGGGGUUCGGUAUUUGCACUGUGACCUGUUUGCACACUGAUACUGAAGAAGAAGCAGCCACAUUUUGACCAUGGAUUUCGGUAACGAUGUAGAUCUCAGCAAUAAUAAUAUAGCUCCUUUGUGGAAACGUUGCAGAGACGACUGUAGGAGGCCCCAGGACUUGAACAAGCCCAAGCCGCAACCCCUUAGUUACCAUACAAAUGGGGUAAUGAUGACAGACUUCCCUGUGGAGGACAACAUGCACUCCCUCACGCUGAGCCAGUCUGCUGAGACACUGGUCACCCCUCAGUGUCCGGGCAGGAACGUUGUAGUGCUGAAGCACGUUUUACACAAACCCUCCAGGAAAUCCCGAAUAGUUCGAAGCAUCAGCAUUGGGCAUGGACGGUUCUUACUAUCCAAGUUUAGGUCUGAGGAUGGAAGAUCCGCUUCACUGGACAAUAGAAUGUGUAAUGGAGAGCGUGUCACUGGGAGAGUCAGGAAUGAAGAGACGGAGUGGCCUGAAAGGGGUCUCCAGGACCCCCAGAAAGGCAUUUCUGGUCCUUUCAGUCUGAGUUCACAGAAAGACCAUAUAGCUUUUGGGACAAGUUCGCCCUCACCUGAAGCUGUUCCUCUUAAGCCUUGCUCUCCUGUCCUGUCUCUGUGCACUCCUAACCACAACAACAACAACUACAACCAGCAUGAAUUGUCUUCCCUUUCCUCCACAUCCAGUCCCUCUCCUCCAGCCCUCCGUACCCCAACCCCCUCCCUUAGCUCCAGCUCCAGCAUCCCCUCCCUCUUUUCCCUCACCUCCUCAGACCCCCCGACCCCACGCUCCCCGUCGCCAACAGACAGAACACAAGGGCUCUUCAGACAGUGGUCAUCUUCAGCUGGCUCCUCACAGGACACCAGACAUGCCUCUUCCUCCUCCUCUCUCUCCCCAUCUGUCUCUCCCUCCAUUGUCCUUAGCACCAACAGCCCUGCUGCCCUGAAGAUGGGCACACAGCAGCUCAUUCCCAAGGGUUUAGCGUCUGAUAUUCGUCAGAGCAAGGCGCCCUCCGCUGGGCCACAAGGCCAAGGUUUGGCAGGGUUUCUGGGGUUGGAUCAUUCCAAGCGAGCUUUGAAAUCCCUCAGCAUGGUGGAGACAGGAAGCUACUUUUCCACAGGCGUUGAAAGGACAGAAGGGGAAAGUGAGAGUCCAGAAACUUUAAGGAGAGGCUUGAGGAGUACAUCAUACAGGAGGGCCGUUGUGAGUGGAGUAGACUUAGAGAUCCCAUUGGUAGGUCCCAAGGCCCAAAGGAUGUCCCAGCCUGUCAUCAAAGGGCUAAAUGGGGAUAAUCCAGAUUCAGCAGUCAGCCCAGUAUGUCCUGGCACCGUAAGCCUCCCUAGCCCUGGGACACCCAAACUUGCCAGUCCUAGUUCACUUAAACCUACCAGCCCCAGGAUUUCCAAACCUACUAGCCCUCAGAAAGAAAAGACUCCCAGCUUUGGAAAAAACAAGAGUGCAGAUAAGAAGAAAAUUUUGAUCACUCAGCGGACAUUUGACAGUGAGGAGGAGGAGCUGUAUCAGAACUACCAGGAGAAGGCCUUGCAUAAUGAUUCAGAUGAGGAUGCCGAUUCCAGAGAACCCAAGCCUGACAACGGCAUCGUGGUGCAGUACAGACCCAUACGCACCUCCUGGAGCCAGCUCAGCGUGGUAAAGAAAAGUGAUCUGCCUAAUCGUAUGAGUCAGGAGGAACUCAAAAGACAAGAGGCCAUUUUCGAGGUGAUCUCGUCAGAGCACUCUUAUCUGCACAGCCUGGAGGUCCUGAUCCGCAUGUUCAAGAACUCCACAAUACUCAGUGAGGCCAUGACCAAGACCGAACACCACCAUCUCUUCUCUAACAUCGUUGACGUCUGUGAGGCUAGCAAAAAGUUCUUUAAGGAACUGGAAGAAAGACACCAACAGAACAUAAUGAUCGAUGACAUCAGCGACAUUGUCGGCAAGCACGCUCAGUCCAACUUUGAUCCUUACAUCACAUACUGCUCCAAUGAGGUCUACCAGCAGAGAACCCUGCAGAGGCUGGUGUCCAAGAAUCCAGCUUUUAAGGAAGCGCUGACCAGGAUAGAGGGCCACCCAGACUGCCGAAACCUCCCCAUGAUCUCUUUCCUCAUCCUGCCCAUGCAGAGGAUCACUCGUCUGCCUCUGCUCAUGGAUACAAUUUGUCAGAAGACACCUACAGGCUCAGCACAGUAUGAGGAGUGUAAGAGGGCUUUACAAGCAGUCAGCAAGGUGGUAAGGAAGUGUAAUGAAGGAGCUCGCACAAUGGAGAGAACAGAAAUGAUGUACACCAUCAACUCCCAGCUGGAGUUCAAGAUCAAGCCUUUCCCACUGGUCUCAUCCUCCAGGUGGAUGGUGAAGAGAGGCGAGCUGACGGCCUUUGUGGAAGACAAUGGCAUCUUCCUCAGGCGGACAACACGGCAGCAGGUCUAUUUCUUCCUCUUCAACGAUGUCCUCAUCGUCACCAAGAAGAAGAGCGAGGAGAGUUACACCGUGAUAGACUACGCCCUGAGGGACCAGAUCUGGGUGGGUUCCUGCCAACCAGAGGAUCUCAACCUGUCACCGGUACGCAGCACUGCCAGCAUGCUCAGCUCACGGCAGGCUGGCGGCAACCAUCUUUUUCGACUGCGUUUCCGUAGCAACCACUCUGGCGAAAAGGUGCAGAUGAUCCUGGGGACAGAGCUGCUGAAUGAGCGUGCUCGAUGGAUCAGUGCCUUGGGCCAGAACAACGACAACAAAAAGAGUCAGGAUAGAACAAAUGUAAUGCAGGUGGAGGUGAUCAGAACAUACACAGCCAAGCAGCCAGAUGAGUUGUCCCUGCAGGUGGCUGAUGUGGUGCUGGUCUCACAGACUGUAGAAGGCUGGUAUGAAGGACAGCGUCUCCGCGACGGAGAAAGGGGGUGGUUCACGGCUGAGUGUGCUGAACCAAUCACGUGCCAGGCCACCAUUGAGCGUAAUAUGCAGAGGAUGGACCGCCUGCAGGGGCUGGAGACUAACGUAGGCAAGCCAAAAUUGUGUGUGUAGAUGGUGACACAAGUGGCCCUGCCUGACCCUGCUUUUAAUGUGAUUGUCCAGUGAGUCUUCUGGUUUUAGUGUUGCCGUGCUCAGCUAAAUGAAACCAAUGGCUUGGCUGGGAUGUGGUGAUAACAUCAUCUGUCAGGCCCACUACUCUGGCCCCAGCCCAAAUGACAACCACAAUUGCUGAGCUACACAAAGCGAGGCAUGAUGUGAGCGGGUGAAGCAUCCUCAGGAAGGACAUGUGUAUAUGAAGCAUUGCCACUCAGGGAACAGCAGCUAGGUGAUACCACAUCUAAGCAAAUGAUCUUUAUUUCAACCACUUCCUAUACUUGUAACUAUUGUAAAUUAUCUGUAAAUAUGUAAAGCAGGUUGCAUUGUAACAUGUAUACUGUAGAAUUGUACUGCUGAAACCUGCUUAGUCACCAUUAUAUAUUGUAAUCAGCCAUUAUUAAUAAAAGCUUAAUUGCUUUGCAGCCUGUCAUAUAUUGUCA